GUGUGAGCGGGUGUGAGCAGUCAGUCAGUGGGUGUGAGUGGGUCGGGAUGUGUGACUCGGGCUCGGGGGCCGCUGGCGGGAGGCCCGGGCCGGGUGCGGCCCGCGGGCUGACGGGGAGGCGGAACGCGGCGUCGCCGGUGACCCCGGGAAGGUUACCGUCCAUCCGCUCCCGAGACCUCACCCUCGGCGGCGUCAAGAAGAAAACCUUCACUCCUAACAUCAUCAGUCGGAAGGUUAAGGAAGAACCGAAAGGGGAGGAUGGAGCCCAGCGGAAAGAGAAGAAAGAUCGGGAGCGAGAUCGACAACGGGAUGGGCGAGGACGAGGGAGGGGACGCCCAGAGACCAUUCAGUCACACUCCAUAUUUGAACAGGGACCUGCCGAGACCAUGGUGAAGAAGGCGGGCUGGAGCUCCACGGUGGAACCUCACGACUUCGGGCCUUCCCCCAUCAUCAACAUCAAGAAGGAGAAGAGGGAGACAGCAGAGGAGACCAAGGAGAUCCUCCGCAGGCUGGACAGAGAUGAUUUUCUCGAUGAUCCCGGACUGAAGAACGAUGCUCGGAACAUGCCAGUACAGCUCCCGCUCGCUCAGUCUGGAUGGAUCUUCCGAGAGGAGGAGCAGGAGGAGGAGAAGGAGAAGGAGGAGGAGAGCCCGAAACCAGCUGCGGCCAAAGAAGAGAAGAUGGAGGUGGAACCAACUGAUGUCAAAGUGAAGGACGAGGCUGCAGAGGAGGCUGGAGUGAGGAAGCUUGCUGGGCAGCCGGAGGAUGUAUCCCUCUGUGAGCUGCUGCGGGAGCUGAGUUUGGGGCAAGAGGAGGAGCUGCUGUUCCUACAACUGCCAGAUACGCUCCCCGGCCAACCCCCCACUCUCGACCACAAGCCCCUCAAAACCGAGGUGCAGACAGAGGAUGGGCAGACAGUGUUACUGAAACAGGAGAAGAGCCAGGAGGCAGCCCAGGCUGAGAACAGUUGCUCACUACGGGAUUUGAGUGAGGGGCCAAUCGGGAAGCUACUGAUCAGGAAAUCUGGCCGAGUCCAGCUGGUCCUGGCCAAGGUCACUCUGGACGUCACCAAGGGAACCACCUGCUCCUUCCUGCAGGAGCUGGUGUCUGUGGGGAUCGGGGAGAGCCGCUCAGGGGAGUUGUCAGUGCUGGGACAUAUACGUCACAAGCUGGUCUGUUCUCCUGACUUUGAGACCCUCUUGGCAGCCAGACAGUAGCGGGAGUGAGGUGUGGCUGUGUGAAUGACUGACUGACUGAAUGGACCAGAGAGAGAGAGAAAAAACUGUCUCCAGCCUCAGGAACGCAGAGACACUGACAAAGUGACCGACCUCCUAUGAUGUCGCUGACAGUGAUAUCAAUAGCAAGCUGUGUGGGUUUAGCUGGUUAGACUCCCAAGAGUUACCCCAACGCACACUCUGGGCUCCCCCAAAGCCUUGGCUCUUGCCAACCUGUGCCUGAUACUCUCCGGAAUUAGGUAAGCGGGGUGCGUCCCUCCUAGGAGAGAGAGAGACAGACAGAGUGCCCAUUCCAUUCCAACCACCUAUCUCUGGGAUUGUUUGUUGUAAGUGGGAUGCGUGGAAUUCUCAGUCGGUUUGGAGACUCUUAAGCAACGGUGAUGGGUUUCUGCGUGUGUCAGACACCCAGCUGAAACCCUAAAAUAAGGAGGUAAUGAACAGAUUCUGCUUUUCACUCCUUUUGUCGUUGCUCGCGGAUAGCCAGUGGGUAGAAACCUGCGGUGGGUAACAAGCAGAGGAAGUGAGCGGCCCCUAUAGCUGAUCGUUCCUUAUCAUCCAGGCAAACAGCCUCUUCCAGCAGCUGAAAUUCCACCUGGUUUUCUGUGCAGCAAUGCUUGGUAUUUCCCUGUUAUAAUUCCUGUUAUUAUUAUUAUAAUCCCGCAGAGUCCCUGCAUUGGGAAAAAACGCCGGAAUCUUAGCCCUCAAGGUGGCUGGUUUUGCCCUCCGCAUGGGAGCUCCAGUCUCUUCCGUGUUGCCAGUUCUCUUAUGUCAGUUAAGAAGAGAUGUUAUAGUGUUAAGUUCUGGCUGUGACAUUCCCAGUGCCUCGCUGCUGAUUGUAUUUAUUCUUCUGGCCCCGAAGCUGUCAAAUAAACUCUUUCCUCAUACUGA